UCCCUGCUGCUUUGCAGACUCCUGGCCUCAGACCCAUCCCAGCUGAGUGAGGAUGAGCUCCCAGGGGAUUUGCAGUCCCUGUCCUGGCUGACAUCCGUGGAUGUGCCUCGGCUCCAACAGAUGGCCAGUGGGAGAAUGGAUUUCAGCCUGGGGGCCCAGAAUGCCAUGCUCCAGCAGACAGGUGCUGUGGGGAACGCGAUGCACUCGACGCCCGGAGCGAUGAUCCACGUCCAGGCCAGCCUCCCACAGGGAAUCCUGGGCCUCAACUCCAUUUCAGCACAUGGAGCCAAUAUGAGCCCCUAUGCCGUGGGUGGGCAGCUGUCCCCUGGUUUGCAAACACAGCAACAGCUCUUCCCUCCUCCUCAUCCUCCUCAUCCUCCUCCUCCUCACUCCCAGCAGGUGUUUGCCCUGGCCCAGAACCCCCAGCAGUGUAACCCAGCAGCAAUGUACAACACAUCCUAUGGGGCACAGCCACACUAUUCCCAGCCACGCCUGGCUCCCCACUCUGCCCAGGAACUGCACCCAAAGCAUUAUCCCAAGCCCAUCUAUUCCUACAGCUGUUUGAUCGCCAUGGCGCUGAAGAACAGCAAGACCGGGAGCCUGCCCGUGAGCGAGAUCUACAGCUUCAUGAAGGAGCACUUCCCCUACUUCAAGACUGCCCCCGAUGGGUGGAAGAAUUCCGUGCGCCACAACCUGUCCCUGAACAAGUGCUUUGAGAAGGUGGAGAACAAACUGAGCGGGACCUCCCGCAAGGGCUGCCUGUGGGCCCUCAACCCCGCCAAGAUCGACAAGAUGGAGGAGGAGAUGCAGAAGUGGAAGAGGAAGGAUUUGGCUGCUAUUCACAGGAGCAUGGCUAACCCAGAGGAGCUGGACAAGCUGAUCACUGACAGACCCGAGAGCUGCAGGCGGCCCAACAAGCAGGCAGAGCCCGAGGGGCCCCCCCUGGGCCGCAUCUCCGUGUCCCAGCUGCAGCCCCAGCCCAUCAUGACGCUGUCCCUGCAGUCCCUCCCGCUGCACCACCAGCUCCAGACCCAGGCUCGCCUCGCCCCCAACUCGCCAGCCCCCGCACAAACUCCUCCUCUGCACACCCUGCCUGACAUGAGCCACAGCCCCCUGCCCCACCAUCCCAUGGGACGUGCCCCAGACUUCCCAAAUGUGGCGGUGGACAUGAGCACGGAGGUGGAUGCUCUGGAUCCAAGCAUUAUGGAUUUCGCACUGCAAGGGAACAUUUGGGAGGAGAUGAAGGACGACAGCUUCAGCCUGGACACCCUGGGUGCCUUCAGCAACUCCCCCCUGCAUCUCUCCGACUGCGAGCUGGGCACGCCCGGCCUCACGCCCGUGUCCAGCGGCAGCGACCGCUCCUUCUCCGACCUGCAGGUCACUGGCCUCUACACCACCUACACCACCCUGGACAAUGUGGCAGCUGCUCAGUACAUGAACCCCCAAGGGAACAAACCCAUCCCUCUGCUCUGAGCUUGGCACCGUUCCACGGAUCCCGAGGGACGGUUCUUCCCCGUGGUUAAAAUCCGACCGGGAAGCUCCAAGGGCUCGUCCUGCUUUGGGAUGUGUUGGCUGCUUCCAGCAUGUGAGGCCAAAAUAAAUCAAGCUGGGACUUGUAAAACCACUUUCCCCCACGGCAAGGGCAUGGACACUUGUGUUGUGGGACUGGGGAGCUCUCCAGAAGGACCUGGAAGGCAGCAGGAACUUUCACUGGAAUGUAACUGAACUAAAAAUCACCCAGUUAAGGGAAUUAAAUUUAUUCCACGCUGUGGUGGAGCUGCUGUGUCAUCACUGUCACAGAAGCCACCACAAGCCAAGGGGCUGGCCAGCCCCAAGAUGGUUGAUUGUGCCCCUGGUGUGUCAUUUUUAAUUAUUUUGCCAAAUUGGACAAAGACCUUCCCCAGGUCCUGGAGAUAUUUGCACCACUAACACUUUUCUGAUGUAACUGUUGUUAAUUUAUUGUUAGGAGGUAGAAAAAAAGGAGCAAAACCACUAAAAAAGGAAAAGUCACCUCCCUAGCAGACCACUGUUAUAUCUAGAUUUGUAAAAGUCCAAACCCCUGAAGGAAGUGGUACUAUUGAACUAUUAAACUGAUCACUGGCUAGAGGAUUUUAGGAAUUAUGCCAAUUUUUAGGAUUUUUUUAAAAAAAUAGAUUUAUAGUCUUGUGUAUUGUGCUUCUGUCCAUUCUUGUGCUAGGCAGUAUUACUAUUUGUAAAUUUAUUUAUAUUUAUUGUUAUGAAAAGAAAUUAUGUGAACUGAGCACUGUUCAAUUUGUAUAAUGCUGCAGUAACCUGUUUUACAGCCACUAAAUUAUUCAUCAUCAGAACCACAACCAUCUUAUCAGUUUUUACACUACAUUUCUUUAAUAAGCACUUUUGAUACUGUGAAACUCAUGCUUUUUAAAAAUUCAGAGACCAAAUAUUGUCACUGUACCUUUCAUAAUAGUCUUUGCUAAUUAACUAAAAAACCUGAUUCUAAUGUAGCUUUUUUUUAAAAAAAAAUUCAAACCCUGCUUUGUACUUGUUAACAUACAUUGCAGAUAAUGUGAUGAAACAUCUGAAAUAUGUUGGAAUUUAGCAUUUAGUCUACUUAUACCUCUGUGAGCAAAAAGUGAUAUUUAUAUCUUGGGUUUUGUCUGUUCCUGUGCAUUCAGAGAAUUUCCCGGUGCCGUAUCCAGGUGCUCCCAGGCUUUUCUCUCCCACACCCAUCCAUGGAUUAAAGCUGGAGGGUGCAGGACGCUGGAGUGGCCCCACAGGGCACUUUCUUGCUUGAAAAUAUGAAGAUCAGGGGCUUGGAAACAUCUGUGCCUGUAUCCUCCCAAUGCAUCCCUCCAUGGCAACCUCUUCCAAAGGGCACCAUGAUGCUCCACGUCAUAAUUUAUUGUCCAAGGACAAAUGUGAUGAAUGAUCCUUUGCUGUGACUGGUGUCACCUAUGAUGUCUUUGCUUUUUUUAAAUAAACAUUUCUUAGCACUACACCUGGGGCAUUCUGGAUGUGCUGUGUGCUCUGGUGUCAUGCUGGGCUUUCCAAGGCUUCAUUCCCUUUACAGACCCUAUGGCCAAGUUGAAGGUGGAUCCUUGGCUCAAAUCCUCCAGGAGAGUAAGAGUUUACAGGUAUUUACUGUAAGAAUUUAUAGGUAUUUACUCUAAGAGUUCUUCCUCUGUGGUGUCACCCUGUUCCUGAAACCCUCUGAAAUGCCUGGAAAAGCU